CAGGUCCUACAGCUGAAAGUUUGUAUUGGACUGUUGGAUACCAUUUGUUGUGAAUGAAUGUUAAAUGCGAUAAAAGAUGAAUUAUUUGCAUACAUUUUCUGUAAUAUGUUGCUUAAUGAGAGUGGCCACGUCAGAUCAGCUCUCUCUGGUGAGGGACCUAUUCGAUCCAGACAAUUACAAUCCAAAUAUUAGACCAGUGAAGGAUGUCAACACUACAACUACAGUAUAUAUGUCCAUGAGUCUGAAUCAAAUAAGGGAACUGGCCGAGACAACACAAACCCUUACAUGUGCUAUUUGGGUGACAUUUAAUUGGCAAGAUGAGUUUCUAGCUUGGGAUCCGGCUGACUACGAUGGAUUAGAUAUACUUGUAGUACCAUCGGACAAUAUUUGGACACCUGAUAUGACAUUGUACAACAGUGUUGAUGAAGAAAAAGGCUUCACUGAAAUAUGGAGUAACACAAAUGUGAGGAUCGCUCAUACAGGCAAUGUAGAAUGGUUGACUAUUGCUCAGACUCAAACUACAUGCAGACUGCAAGUCAGUGAAUACCCAUUUGAUGAACAGUUAUGCCCGAUGAAAUUUGGUUCGUGGACGUACAAAUUAGUCGAAAUUGAUGUUAUUCCUAAGACGGAUAAAGCAAGCAUUGACAAGUUUAUAGAUAAUGAAGAAUGGGAAUUGCUCAAUGUUAAAAUGAUUAGACAUGAGCUGGAAUAUGAUGAGGGAUCUUUCCCAGACAUUACAGCUUAUGUGCAUAUGCGCAGAAAGCCGAAUUUCUACUUGUACACGUUACUUUUCCCAUGUAUAUUACUAAUGGUAAUAUCAGUGGCCGUAUUUUGGCUACCGGCGGAAAGUGGUGAAAAGGUAUCCCUUGGAGUAACAGUAUUAUUAGCCCUGACCGUGUACCAGUUGAUAAUAACAGACAACAUACCAUCCACUGCUGAAUACGUGCCUCUUCUGGCUCAGUUCUUUGGUGCAUCGGUUGUCCUUCUGGGCUUUUCUGUGAUGUCUGCUGUUUGCAUUUUGAAUAUCCAUUUCUAUGGCUGCUUCGGGGCGAGGGUUCCAAAACCAAUAAGGAAAUUACUUUUUGGAUAUUGUGCUCCAUUACUGUGUCUGAAGCCGCAUAUUCGUGACUUUCUACAGCAGAUAGAGGAGAUGGAGUCAAAAGAAACAGCAGCUGGGGCAGAUGGUAAAACUUCUCAUAUGCACUACCAUUACACAAGACAAGGUUGUAUGAACAACGAUGUCCCAAUUAUAAAAGGCGAGAUCAAAGACUCUUCUAUAGGAGACACUUUAAACAGAUCAUUGGAAGAACUCAGAAUGGCUCGAUUAGAUUCAAAAGCCUCCAGACAAGAGGAAGAACGUAAUGCUAUGUAUGUUCAAGAGUGGCAACUUGUAGCAUGUGUGGUUGAUCGAUUACUUCUUAUUUUCUUUGUAAUAUCCACAGUUAUAAUAAGUGUAUUGAUAUUCAUAAUAAGACCAGGAAUUGAAGAUCCAUAUGAAAGGUUGGCAAGAAAGGGGUGGUAG